GGGCGCUUCGCUGCAGCGGAAAGUUUAAUGAAAAUGAGUUAAAAAUUCGCUUUCUUUCUGGUGGCAUCAACCUGUAAGUCUUCCAAACAACACGCCAAAUAGACACCUUGUUACUAUAGUAAUGGCAGUGUGAUUUCGAAGUGUUUUGGAACUGAUAGGAGUUGUCAAAUGACUACGGAAAGUGCAAAGCACUACAGUCCGAUCAUGUCGCGAAGAAACUGGGAAGUCUUCCCUGGACGAAAUAAAUUCUACUGCAAUGGACGAAUUAUUAUGGCUAGAAAUAACGGAGUAUUUUAUUUUACUCUUGCUCUUAUAUUUGUAAGCACGGGACUGUUCUUUGGAUUCGAUGCUCCGUACCUUUAUAUCUAUCUAUCGCCUGCUGUUCCGUUUAUUGCGGCAUGGUUAUUCUUAUUCGUCAUGGCAACGCUAUUAAGAGCAGCAUUUAGUGACCCUGGUAUUGUACCUAGAGCUAGUGCUGAGGAAGCAGCUUACAUAGAAAAGACACUAGAGACACCUGCCACAGAAGGCCAAGGUUACCGCCCUCCACCAAGAACUAAGGAAAUUACUGUCAAUGGGCAAACUAUUAAACUGAAAUUCUGUUUUACCUGCAAGAUAUUUAGACCUCCUAGGGCUUCACAUUGUAGUAUGUGUGACAACUGUGUUGAACGUUUUGAUCACCAUUGUCCAUGGGUUGGUAACUGUGUAGGCAAACGAAAUUACAAAUACUUCUACAUGUUUCUACUUUCACUAUCGUUUUAUUGUUGCUACCUYUUUGCAUUUGUUAUUGUCCAUCUUGUCAUGUUAACACAAAAUGAAUACACAUUUGUUGGAGCAAUGAAGGAAUCACCCGCUAGUAUUUUAGUAGCUGUUAUUUGUUUCUUUUCUGUCUGGUCUAUUGUUGGACUGACAGGUUUUCAUACGUAUUUAGUAGCAACAAAUCAAACAACCAAYGAAGAUAUAAAAGGUUCAUUUUCCUCCCGGAGAGGUCAAGAUAACUACAAYCCAUACAGUGUAGGAAGUUCAUGUGGAAAUUGUUUAGCAGUCUUAUGUGGACCYGUAGAACCCAGUUUGAUAAACAGAAGGGGCAUUAUAAUACCAGAUCCUCCUGAAACUGAUAAAUAUGGUGCCUUGGGUACAACAAUAAGUAGUCAGACUCAUGUAUCACCAAAUGGCGUUAAGGAGACUGURCACAGAUUUGAYAAAAAAAUGCCUCCAAAGUUAACGGAAGACUCUGUAACUGACAGCGGUGCUGAACAGGAAGACACUCUCAAACCAGACAGUGAAAAGGGGAUUGUCAAACUAAGUAGUGUGUAAAAAUUGGGAUUCCUGUGGUAUAAUUUUGACUGGGGUCCUUGUGGGAAGGCUUUGAUUGGGAUUCCUGUGGUAACAAACCAGGAAACCCCACUCAGUUUGACUGAAAGCAGGMCGUGAGAAAUAAUUAUAUAAAAUAUGUUGUAUAUGUUUCUGAAACUGUCAACUARUCUAUUUUUUGAUAGAAAUUAAGGGAAGCCAUAGUGCUUAGAAAGAGGUUUUUUCUGAGCAAAAUACACUUUUCAAAACAUCAAUGCCAACCAUUGAAAUAUAAAAUUAGGUUUUUCUGAAUUUAAUUACAAAGRUCUUUUGCCUGGAACAACCUCUUAAGGCCUGUUUACACUUGCGACUUUUGAAGCACGAUUGUCGCGCAACAAUUGCCUGAGUUUCGAACAUGCUUGAAAUUUAGCUGCAACUUGCGGCAAUUUCGAUUGCUGCGAAAAUCACAGGCUGUUUACAGAUUUACAAAUUGGCAAUUGUCACACGACAAUCAUGCUGCAAAAAUCGCAAGUGUAAAUGGGCCUUGACAACACUGUUGAUUACUCUCUGUUUCUAUUGAAUCUUAUUUUACUAUCUAGUAAUAUGUCGUGUACAUAGAGCAGAUCUUAUAUGAUUGUGCAAGAAACAUGACACUUUUGUGAUGAGAAUCUACWGUGCCAUGACAUAUUGAUGUGUUCUCAUUUGCAAUAAUUUCCAGGUGAGGUACUGUUUCGUGUCUUGCCUUUCCGCAGUCAUACAAAGUSUACUCUAUUCUCUGAAUUCUUAUGUGUACAAAUAACACAAUUAGGGACACUGAAGCAAGUAGGUCUAAUAAAUUAGAUAAUAAAUUAAAUUCUGUUAGAAAUACAGGUAAUUCAAGGUAUUGUUUUAUGGAACAGUCAGUCAUACAUCAAUACAGAACAGUCRUARGGGACAUACAUUUAUUACACAARAUACAGUCWACCCCAUUUAUGUUGUYCCGUUKUAAAGACACAAAGACAACAACAAACUAAGUCAUUSGCAUUUGUCAUACUGUUAAUUUCUUUGUAAGUCUAUCUGACUUAAAGUUUCUAACUUACAAYGUCAAUGACAUAAAAUUUGCUGUUUAUUUGAAGUUUUAAAUUUUAAAAAAAWWUUAAAGAAGCUUUUUGUCCAAAUGACUUAAUUGUUGUUUUUUAUGUCUUUUUUGUUGUUGUUAAAACAACUGAACAACAUUGAUGGAAUUGACUGUAAUGUCCAGACUCUUAAAAAUGUGCUGGGUUGUUCGAAACUCUAAGUGCUAAACCAAAAUUUCAACAUUGUUUACAUCAAGCCAGGGUACUUUGACCAACCCAGUCGUGGUUUCCAAUUAAUAGUUUCAAGCUGUCCAUGGUUCAUUUAGGUUGUUUCAAACAUACACGUAAAGAUUUUCUGAAUAGUUCUCAAUUUUUUUGUCUUUUUUUUUCUUUUACCUUGACUGUACUAAUAAAAUCAGUCAAACACAAAUACUCAUGGAAUAUGAUAAAUCCACUAUGUAAUUAUUAUUUUGUCAACUCAGUAAUGCCAAAGUGAUAUAUAUUCAGUACUUUUUAAGUGAAACUAUUUUGUAUAUAAUUUAAGUGCCUUUUUGAGUAUUCAGUUAAUAUCUGUCUAACUUUUAAGGUAUAAAUUUUCAUUUUUUUCUAAUUUGUUGCAAGAUAAAUCAUUAUAUGAUUGACCUCAGAAGGAUGAUAACAAGAAAACCCAAAUAAAUUUACUGAUCAUUAUACAAAUAA